CUUCUGCAAAUUCAAAUCCAAACAAAACUGAAAAAUCAUUCCCUUCCCACCGUACCAUUUUCCCAUUCUCGAUCUCCUCUCGCUUAGCAUCUUCAAAAUUCAAACGCCAAACAUACCCAUUUGGCCAUUUCAAUCCACAGACUCACAAAAAUCAUUUCUUUCCUUCUCAUAAAUCUCGGCUUUAAGUUAAGUUCAAAGCUGAAGCCUUGGAAUUGAGCCCAGAUUUUGACAGCUUUUCUGGUGGGUACUAAUGGGAGAUAAAUUUGGAGUUGGUGAUCAGUCUCUGAGGGAAACAAGAUCUGGGUCGAAGAUUAUGGUGGGAGAGAGGAGACAAAGUAUGGAAGUUGAAGAAAGAUCAGAGCUUCGUCACAAAAGAGUGAAAAUGAGGGAUCUUGAAUCAGUUUUUCGUUCUGAAGAAAGAAAUGGAAGGGAUGCCAUUGGCAACCAUGGACAAAAAGCACUUGAUCUCAAUGCAACUCUUGGUUCUUCCUGCAAUGGGGUUAGUGCUGCUGAUAUUGCAGCAGAUGUUGAUCGAAGGGAUAGGGAGGCCUCGUUUAAGUUCAGAAGAUUUGGCUUGGAUUUAAACAAAGAAGUUGUUUCUAGCUCACUUAAUCAUGACCCUUUUUAUCCUUCUAAAGAUGGUGAAAAUGCUGAAUCAAGGGAUGAGUUUGAGUGUGCGAGUUCUUUUGCCCCAUUGGAGGGCAAAGAUUCAUCAUUCAGGGCGUGGAAUGAAAUGAAACAAAACGGUUUUUGCUCGUAUUCUCAUUCAAGCAUACCAGUGCCAAAAAGGAAGAGUAGAAAUGAAGGGAUGGAGAAGAAGAUAGAGCUUGCAAAGAAAGAAUGCAUGGAUCAGUUUGCAAAGAUUGCUGCUCCUAGUGGGUUGUUGAAUGGAUUGAAUCCCGGGAUCAUAAACCACGUGAGAAACAGGAAACAGGUUCACUCCAUCAUAGAGGCUCUCGUGAGAUCUGAAAAACAUGAAAACCAGAAAAAGAGUGCUGAAAGAAAAGACCUAGAAAUUACAAAUAGAAAUGAUGUUUUUAACGAACCUGCAUUGUCGAAUACUUUGUCAGCGUGCAAGCAAAGUAGCGAUUACUCAGCAUCUCUCGACCAGUCUAUCUCUUUGAAACCAGAACUCACACGAGGCGAUGGUGAUGCAUGUUUGUUUCCAACAAGUGUUCUUGAUCUGACAACUUACCCUUCAAAUGACAUGCUUGCCCUGAAGCUAUCAUUGGCCUCAACUAUCAUAUCCGAUAAUACCAGCUCGUUGUCUAAUGAUGAGACAGCAAACCCAACUAGUGUUACUUCUCUUUCCAUUAAAGCUGCAAACGUGGCCUCACAAUGGCUGGAAUUGCUUAAUCAAGAUGUUAAAGGUCGUCUUGCAGCACUGAGACACAGUAGGAAGAGAGUCCAAGCUGUUAUUCAGACCGAGUUUCCUUGCCUAAUCUCAAAAGAUUUUGCUUCUAAUCAAGAGAAUGAGCCUUGCAGUAUAAACAGUUCUAUUGUUCAAUGUGACAAAUCUACUGCUACUGCUCAUCAUGCUAGAUGGAGUGCAUUAUUUGAUCAGAUGGAUAAAUCUCUAUUUGAAGAAGAAUCUCAACUGGAAACUUGGCAGAAAAAACUAAGGGAAAUGCAGUUGCAAUGUGUGCAUGGCCUUCUCAAACAUGACAUGCCCAAUGGUUUAUAUCAGGUUACUGCAUUCCCCAAUGACCACAAAUUGGACAAAGAUUCUGACAGGGAUUUGGCUGUUAGAGCUGCAGCAGCCUCCAUUUAUUCAACCUGCAACUUUCUAUCAUCCAUGGAGAAUCUACCCUGUUUUUGAAUCCCUGUUUUUGGAGAAUCUAGCUGUGAUUCGUCGAUUCCAUAAUAUGCUCUAUCAGAUUCUCCCUGUUUUUGUUUGCCUGAGCUCCACUGGUUCUCAAUACUUAACAGAUAACAGUAACUGUUUACAAGAAAUGUUGACAGGAAUUUUUUUUUAAUGGAAAUAAAAGCAAAUUUUACUUGUGUA